AUGUUAACAUUAAACUUUGUGUUUAACAUCAGCAGGUCUCCGCAAAUCGGUAGCCUAAGCGAGCAGAUGUAUGUCACUGAGAACUCAUCCACAUUCUGGCAACAUAAAAAUACGGCAUGCAAAGUGUUGGGAGAGGACUACUGCUCCGGCUACAUCGACACCUUCGGCAAGUGGAGCAAUGGGUUCCCCUGCCCGAGCCUGGAGACGGAGGAACCUGUGUACUGCUGCGGAACGAACAACUUCAAGUACUGCUGCACCAAGAGGGACAUGCAGAACAUCACCAGGGAUAUUCCACAGUUGCCGCUGAUCCUUGGCGUGGUGUUCGGAGUGGCGGUCGCAGUGAUCGUCAUCGUAGUCGUCUCCUGCUUUCACUGCUCCUGCUGCCUGCUCUACAAGAAGCGACAGCCCACUAAUGGAGCCUCGGGGGUGGCCAAUAUGUACAGCUUCUCCGGCACCACCACGCCCUCUGAGACUCCCCGGUCCCUCUCCAGGUAUGUUUUUUUUUUUUGCACUCGUUCGCCAGCGCCCCCAGACGUACGCGCGUCUUUGCCUGUCCUCUUGGCGUCCUGCUGUGGGCGCUGGAUGCAGUGCAUUUCUGGAUUCAGUUUUUUUUGCUUCUGGGGAUCUCAUGACAGAUUGGCACGUGUCCAGCCCUACGUGUCACGAGUCACCGCACUGACCCUCCUGUUGUGGCAUGACAGUUUACGCAUCAUUGGCUCAUCACACGGGACGGUCGAGUCGGCGGGCUCUGUGUCGAGUAACCACUUCGACCACAGGAACCUGCUCGACGGCGAGGAACCCAGGCCGCCCGUGCAGACGUUCGCCGUCGACCGCCGCGUCCUCGGACCCCGGCCAGUGUCCCUCAACAUGAGCGACCGAUCGAGCAGCAUCUCCGAGGGCGGCCCCACCGACCCGCCGCCGCCCUACUCGGCCCCGCACUCCACCCUCGUCGCAGUCCGGACGUCCUCCGCCUACGCCCUCGCCGCUACGCCCCGGCCGCCCUCGCCCACCUACGGACACCACAAUCCGUACGUGAUUAGCGGUGGCGACAGCGGCUACAGCUCGGGGCCUCUCGCUACAUUCCCACAGACGUUCUUGUCUCCAGCUUCGCCCGCCCGCCCUCCGCCCCUGAGAAUCACGUCCGCGAUGCCCCAGACCUUCGCCCCCGCCCUCACGCCCACCACCCGCCCCUGCAGCACCGCCCAUAUCAUCCACACACACCACCCGGGCCCCGACGAGAACCUCUACACUGCCACGAAGUUUUAAUGGCGCACUGCUCCUGCGGCUGACACCUCCUGUUGCUCUGCUUCCUCUGCGUGAUGCACACACACACACACACACACACACACACACACACACACACACACACACACACACACACACACACACACACACACACACACACACACACACACACACACACCAACCAACGCAGAGGAAAGGGAGCGCUCCUGAGACGGUGGGUUUGAGGCCCGAAGAACAAAAGAGGCGAGACAUGUAUAAGAGAUAAGGAAGAGAGAUAAAAAAGGUUAAGCGACGAGAACUGUUCGGGGGCAGCAUGGUUGGGGGAGACCAUGGAGCCCCGGGAACUUCAAGGAGGAAGGAAGGAAGGAAGAGGAGGAGGGGAGAAGAAACAGUGGGGAGAAAAAGUACAUCACGUCCAGUUAUCGAAGACCGAAGACUUCUUCGCAUGGGAGAGAAGAAGAAAAAGUUGAGAGAAAAAAAUAAAAAAAUGGAAAAAAGGCUUAAGUUUCUGAGCGUCUCCGAAUCCUUCCGGUGACGAGAGAUAAAACUUUUUAAAUUGCUCAGAAUGCCAAGGCCAUAACGGGCAGCCAUGUUGACGGCGACCAGCCCCUUAACCCCUUGAGCGAAGGGGACCGUCCAGGUGGCUGGCGAGGAGGAGGGGAGGGAGGGGCAGGGGAGGGGCAUCCCUCGCCACCCCGCUCUCAACUUCUCUUGUUCGACUUUGAGGAGACUUUUUUGCUCUCACUGAUGGUGCAUACUGUUUAUAACAAGGCUGAUUCAGAAGCCGUGUGUUUUUAUGUGUGUGUAUAUAUAGAAGACGACAAAAAUGUAUUCUGAAGUGAUGAUUUCCCGAUUGUGUUGGCGACUCUAGAGCAGAAACCACGGGUCGUCUGAACACAAUCUCUUUUAUGCUAUGUGUGGGAUGCGAACACUGGGUGAAAGAAAGGAGUUUCCGUGAACGUUCUUUUGAAGAUCUUUUAUUUUGUAUUUCACACUUUUUACCCGCAAACCCUACACCCUGGUACAUGUACUUAGGUCCAAAGUGUAAACUCUUCUCUCUCUCUCCGUGAUAACUUCGAUCGCUUUGCCUAGCUCUGUGUAGUGUGCUUGUACACGUACAAGAGCGGUGUUGAACAAGUGUGCGAGCUGGGAAGGGGAGACGGGAGCGGGGAGAGGGGAGGGAGGGGAGAAUGGAGAGUGGAGUGGAGAAGAGAGAGGAGAGAGUGGAGAGAAGUGAAGAGAGGAGAGAGGAGAUCCCAAGCACAACAAGCACCGCAACUUUCAAUUCAUGCGUCGAGGGAGUUUCGCCCAAACUCGGCAGAACUGUUCUUCCGAGCUCUGAGAACUUAUCAUUCAGGUAUUAUAAACUUUCCGAGGCUGUUCUCUCCAGGAGGGCUCUCGCAGCUGUUACACGUGACUGAUGCUUAUUAAUUAACUGAAAAUAGAAAACAACAAAGGCAAAAACUGUAUUUAUUUUUGGUAAAGGGGAAAAAGAACUUGCCAGUGAUAAAUAGAAAAAAUGAAUAAGAAAAUAUAGAUAAGAAGUGAAAAAAAGAAAAAAAAACGAAAAAAAUAUAACAAAUCUCGAGACAUACUUUGGAGAACGUUUAUGGUUUAUGGUGCUUCCCCCUUUUUGGUUCAACUUAGAAUGAGCGAAAGAAAAUGAGCAUAUAUCUAUAUUUUUUGCUAAAAUAUGAAUAGAUGAUAUUGUAGGUGAAAAAUAUACCAGAGUCACGCAAGAGAUUAAGAGAACCACCUCCCUGUCUCUGCCUCCCUCCCUCCUUCCUCCUCUUCCCCUCCCUCCUCCUUUAUCUGUUUCUUAUUCUUCUUCAUCUUCCUCAUACUUCCUCUUUCCUCCUCCUCC